AUGUCUGAAUCUGAUGCUGUGAAACCUGGGGCAACCAUUCUGGCGUCGAAGGUUGCCAAGGAAUACGCUGAUGAGAUUACGAAAAAGGUCGAGACUAUGAAGGACAUACGACCCCAGGGUCCGCUUUUGGUUGGGUUUCUUGCCAACGGCGAUCCGGCUGCCGAGAUGUACGCAUCUUGGACUAAGAAGACCUGUGAAUCGAUGGGGUUUCGUUAUGAAUUGAGAAGAAUUGAUGAUAAGGACUUUUUAGAGGAGGCGAUCAUAGAGGCUAACAGAGAUGACUCCGUAGACGGGAUAAUGGUUUAUUACCCAAUUUUUGGCAAUGCACAGGACCAGUACUUGCAGCAAGUUGUUGCUAGAGAGAAGGACGUGGAGGGUCUCAACCAUGUAUACUACCAAAACAUGUACCACAACGUGAGGUUUUUGGACGAGGAGAAGCAGCUGAAGUCCAUUUUGCCUUGUACGCCGUUGGCGAUCGUCAAGAUUCUUGAGUAUCUGAAAAUCUACAACACUCUUUUGCCUGAGGGAAACAGACUUUACGGUAAGAAGUGUGUUGUGGUGAACAGGUCUGAAAUUGUCGGUAGACCGCUGGCUGCACUGUUGGCAAAUGACGGCGCUAUAGUGUACUCUGUUGAUGUCAACAAUGUGCAGAAAUUCACUCGUGGAGAGAGCUUGAAAUUCACCAAACACCAUGUUGAAGACUUGGGCCCUUACUCUGAUGCACUAUUGAAGGAAUGCUGCUCGGACGCAGAUGUCAUCAUCACUGGUGUGCCCUCCGAAAAAUACAAGUUCCCAACGGAGUAUAUCCCAGACGGUGCGGUGUGUAUAAAUUUCUCCUCGAGCAAGAAUUUUGACGAUAGUGUGAAGAAAAAGGCGUCCUUGUAUGUCCCAAUGACCGGUAAAGUCACUAUCUCCAUGCUACUGAGAAAUAUGCUGAGACUCAUCGAAAACACCGAAAAGCUCAAGGCAAAGAACUGA